AUGGAAAAUGAUCAUGUCACUUUAUGGUUGUUUGAACAAAUAAAGGAAAUGGAACAAUACUUUAACAGUUUUGAAGAAAAAGAAGACGACCCAGUGCUAUUUGAGCUUGAUGUGUAUUUAAACAACCCAACCUUGGCAGAUAUUUUACCAGAUUUAGAAAAACUACCGAACAAUUUGUCGUUUUUAAAAGAGUUAUACAAUAAACCUUUUGAAAGAUUAUUAUUUCUUCAGUAUCCUCUUGAGUUAUCCAAUCAUACAAACGAGUCUUCCUCAGAUGGAAGACCAAGUAAGCUGAUGAAUUUAAAUACAUCAGAUAGACUCACGUUAACGUCACUGGAGAUCGGAGAAAAUAUACAAAAUACAGAGUUAAGCCAUAAAAAAUCGUAUUUGUCAAGGCCAAAUGAAAUAAACAGGCACAACAAUUCACCGCUAGUUAAGUUAAACUACGAUAUCGGAGCGCCGUAUUUGGCAAAGUAUAAGUCGUCACCACUGAAAAAGAGCCACAAGCCGUCAUUCCUGAGUAGAUCACACUCGGACUUUAAAACUUCGCCAAAGUUUAGACCGUCAAGUUUUGAAUUUUCGAAAGGAACGACGCUGACGCUGGACUCGACAGUGGCGACCAGCGAGCACGUAAUAGACUGUUUGGGCGUUUUGAAAGUAGAGAACACGGAGGAGGGAGUAAAAAGAGAGCUUCACCUCUUGCCAGUAAAGGCAAUACUGCAGCUGAGGCCGAAGCUGGACACAUUUAACGAGGAGGUAAUACCAGGAGAAGAAAACUCAACGGAGCUGUUCUACAACAGAAACAUAACGUGGAAAACAGUGGAUAAUAUAUUCGUUUCAGACUCGCCAGAGGCGAAGGAGUUGAUCGAAAUGUUUUCGAGAUACGGAAAGGAGCAGAAAGAAGGAGAAGGGGAGGAGAUCAGGUUCCUGAACGAUAAGGAGAUGUACGUCAAUUCACUUUGUGUGCCAGUAAACGGGACUUUGCAAUCGUUUGGGUCAUUUGCAGGAGUGAAGGCAGAAAGAAAAAGGUCGAGUGUGAACAAGGUGACGUACACGAGGAUGCUGGACCUGACGCCGAGUCUGAAGUUCAUGAAGAUGCUCGACGUAAAGCUGCAGCUGAAGCUGCUGCUCUCGCAGAGGUACACGGACUCGUUCUACUCCCUGAAGAGAGACAUGGCGCACAAUGGGCUGGACGAUGAGACGCUGAUAGAGAUGCUGAAGGAGUUCGCAAAAGUAAUAGGAGGAAACUGGGUGUUAAACUCGGAACACGCAAUAGAAAACUACACAGAAGAGGACGAGUACACGCAGGAGGAAAGAGAAUACCUUAUAGGCUGCAGGAACCUGAUGCUCUCGCUGCUUAACAGACACACGCUGAUGCCGUCGACGCUUAACACGAACACUUCAGUGGGACACCUGACGAGCGAGCAGUUCGUAAACGCAUCAGGACUGCCGCUGGUGCUAGUGAACGAAAUCCUGGCAACAAUAGCGAGACCGCAGGGCAAGUUCUGGGUGCCUAAGCUGGACAAAGACGAGUAUUUUUGCCAGAGGUACCCGCAGGUGGUCAACGCGUUUCAGAAGUACUGGAGCGAAAACGUGUCGAAGUCGGCGAACGCAGUGCAAAGCUUCAAAAUUAACUCGAGAGUUAACCAGAUAGUGAGAAACAUAAUGAUCAAAAGAUCAAUCUCAGGACUCAUCAAGGACAAGAUAUGCACACACGAGGCAAUAAUGGAGCACCUGGAGUCUCUGGGAUACUCGCAGCACCACGAAAACGUAGAGCCGAUACUGGACCAGGUGGGAGUGUGCCUGAACAAGAGACUGUGGACCUACAAGAGCACAAACGCGUUCCUGACGAGCCUGAAAUCGCUGGUGACCACGAAGCAGAGAGUGCAGCAGCAGCACCAGGUGCCGAACUUCGUGCUGAGGAGAAUAUACAAGUACACACUGUAG